AUGGCGACCCUAAGCAGCACCACACCUCCGGCAAACCCCUUCCCAACAACAUGGCAAAUCAAAAGUGUUCCUAAUGAAUGGGAUAAAUACCGACUCGAAUCGUUUCUGAAGACCAGCCUUCGCUGCGACGUAUCCGUCCAGUCUCUCGCUCCAAGCAUUGACGGCAGACAUGGCCAAGCCACAGCAACCAUUGCGGCUGAGGCCAAAUUGACGAGCCCUAGAUAUAUAUCAAAGAUAGAAGAUCUUGGAUCCGAAAGUCUUACAUUGAGAACAGAGUUCGAAGGGAUGACCACCCUCUUUGCGCCUCCUCCAGAGGAUCAUAAGCUCGACAUCAUUGCACUUUCUGGGCUGGGCGGUCAUGCGUUUGGCUCUUUCAAAGAACGAGGCGGCAGCCACAUGUGGCUGCGCGACUCUCUUCCAAAACACAUUACGGACAAGGCCACGAGCACACCGAUGGCGCGAGUCAUCAUCUACGGUUACCCUUCAAAAGUCGCGUAUAGCACAAACGUACAACAGAUCCCUGAUAUAACUACUUCUUUCAUCACCUCUUUACUUCCGCUGGCUCAUUCGCGCCCAGCAAAACCCAUCAUCUUCAUCGGGCACAGCCUUGGGGGUAUAAUAGUCAAACAGGCUUUGGUUAAACUCGCUACAGAGAAAAAUAGUAAGAAUCACGAAUCUCUUCUCUGUGCAUCACGAGCAGUUGCCUUUUUUGCAGUACCUCACAGUGGCAUGGAGAUCGGGGCCCUUAAAGCCAUGGCCGGGGACAGACCCAACUCUGGGCUUAUUGAAUCGCUGAGUGCUGUGAACUCUUCAGCGCUCAAAGAUUUGAGGGAUCGAUUCCAUCAACUCUCCCACACGAAGCAAGAUUUGAGACUAUUUUGCUUUUACGAAACCGAGCAAUCCAAUACAGCAAUGAAGAACGACAAGGGAGAGUGGAAGAUGAAUGGUCCCAAGGUCAUGGCAUUGAGCGUAACAUCUGCGAGACAUUGUCCCCAGUCAGAAUUCAAUGACGGAUGUGUUUGUGCUAUCCCGCGAUCGCAUUCCGAUAUUGUCAAGUUUGAAGAGAACGACGCGCAGUAUGACAAAGUUCGCACCAUCCUUGAAGCCAUGGCACGGGACACCACAGAAAGCAAUUCCGACGUUCUCCUGACGAAGGACGAAAAGGAAUGUAUGCGAGCGCUGUGGUUUUCUAGCAUGGACAACCGGUCCGUAGCCAUUGGACCAGCCACGCAAGGGACUUGUACCUGGGUGCUUAAAGAGAGUACUUACAAGCAAUGGUCGUCGGCUGACCGUGGACUGUUCUGGAUGAAGGGACACCCAGGAGUGGGAAAAUCGACUUUGAUCAAGUUCAUAAUGGAGGAAAUCAAGCGGACCCGGUAUGUCGACAAAAUGAGAUCGAUCGUGGUGUCAUUCUUCUUCAAUAAACGCGCGGCAGACGACCUGGAGAAGACGCGGCUGGGCUUUUAUAGGUCAGUUCUGCACCAACUUCUUGAUCAGUGCCCCGAGGCCCUGGGUGGCCUUGUCACCUCCUUCAGCAGGCGAAAGGAUACAAGCGGACAGGUGGGUAAAGACUGGUACUGGCAGGAGCAGGACCUGGGUACAAACCUAGCGCAUGCCAUUUGCAGUAUUCUCGAUUCACAUGCUUUGUGGCUAUUCGUGGAUGCACUUGAUGAGAGCAAUGAGGGAACUGCGGAUACCAUGGUCCGCGAAUUUAAACUUCUCCUCAAGAUAAACCCGAGCAGCGACGCAAACUUCCACAUAUGCUUCACCGCACGCCACUUCCCCAUUAUAGCCGCCGACUGCGGCUUUGAGUUGCAAGUAGACCAGAAGAAUGUCGAUGAUAUCAAAAAGUACGUCUUGGAAGAGUUUUCGAACCGCUGUCAGCAGCUUUCCAGUUCCGAAAUUCCGAAAAUCGUCAUCAUCAGAGCUCAUGGCAUUUUCCUAUGGGCUCGCGUGGCUCUGGAAGAGGCGAUCCGGCUUCAUCAUUCUGGACGCGGGCUGCCAUUUAUAGUUCAAGCCCUCGAAAGAUUGCCUCCAGAACUACAGGACCUAUUCAGAUCAAUAAUCAUGAGCGGGGCAGAGAAGGCCAGCUCUCUGCAGGUGAUGCAGUGGAUAUGCUUUGCACAGCGGGCCCUGUCAUUGGAUGAACUAAGAUGGGCGAUGAUUGUCGAUGAUGACAACUCGAAACAGUCGGUGGUAGAUUGUCGAAACCAUCCUUCAUUCAUCACUGAUGACGACGGCAUGACGCGACGUCUCCGAGCACUUAGCUGCGGCCUUGCCGAGGUCGUGGUUACGAAAACCUCCGAGGGCACCACAAAGCGCGUACAGUUUAUUCACGAAACGGUGAAAGAGUUCUUCUUCAACCACGGCUUGCGUCUUCUUCGAGGCGCUGAUGUGAUUUCGAACAGCGAUCCCACUGCGACGACUACUCGGGAGCAAAGACUCGGCCACUACAGACUGGCGAAAACCUGUAUUCGCUACCUGGCCAUAGUGGAUCUUUCUUCAUGUACGGCGAAGGCUCUUUCCGAGGCAGAGGCGGAGAGUAUUCCUCAUUUCGAGAGAGAGUUAUGGAAAAAAAUUAAGGAGUGGGAAAAGCUAGGGCUCGAAAAGGUGGAACAGAAAGAGCGGAAGAAUAUGUUCUUCUCGCAGUCUCCGGUGAGAGACCUCUACAUACGUCGGGAUGAGGUACAUGACCUAGUCAGAAAGGAUCUUCCAUUCUUAUCAUACGCUUUACGCUAUUGGAUGCCGCAUGUCGAAGCCUGUGAGAGAAAUAGCACCGGCAAGGAUGAUAUCUUGCACUACUCUCUAUGGCCCAAAGAAGACCUUUUCAAGCAAGUGGAUGAUAUGAAUCAUGACAGAAAGUAUCAAGUGAGCCCGUGGACCACAAUUUUGCAAUUGGCUGCUGAGCACGGGUUUCCUGAGCGCUUGCAAGUUACCCUUGCGCAAGCGGGCUCGAGCAACGUAGAUAACUUAUAA